UUUGACAUUUUUUAACAUAAAUUUAAUGUAAUUAGAGAAAUCAAUUCGUAAACACUUAAUCUUGCCCAAGGUUGAGGGUUGCAUUAAAUUAGAAAUCGACACUCAAUUAGAUUCUCCAAAACGAAGUACGAUUACAUUUUAAUGUAAGGGGAGUGGGCUUAUACAGUUAGAUCAGGAGGAUCUAAUGGAAUCGGUAGUAGUAAUGCAAUUACUACGAUUACGAUUUCAUCAGGUAGAAGAAUACAAUUAUAUACUCCAAUGUAAGAAAGCAAGAGAGCUUAGAGAUUGAAAAAUAUUCCUUAUGAGUUAUAAUAUUUCCAAACUAGUUUACCAACAAAAAGCUUUAAAUCUAGUCAUCUUAUGAAUGAAGAAUUAAGACAAAAGCCAAAAGAAUAAAUUGAAAAUAAAUAAAGAUGGUAGUUGCAUUCUCACUUUAAUAAGAUGAAUCUGGCUUUGACUUAGUAUCAAAUCAAAAGAUUUGAAAGAUGUUUAAAAAAAACGGAAUCAACAGAUGAUGUGAAUACUAUAAAGAAAUUAAAUGAGGAAAAUAUUGAGAAGGAAAAAUAAAAAGUAAUACUAUAUUUAGAUUAAUAGAGAAACACAUAAUAUAAAUAAGCUACUUAAAAUCUAAUAAAUUCUUUUACAAAAAAAUUCAACAUCAAAGCAUUAUAUAAUGAUCUUUAAACAAACUAAUAAUAAUGA